AUGGCAGUUGUGGCUAGGAGGGUUUUGCACAGUUACAUCUCUUGCCACUUGAGUCCAUUCUUGGAUCAGGAGGCCCUGCUUAUGGUUACUCUUGCCCUAGUCACCUCCUGGUUGGAUUACUCGAUAGCUGGGGCUAUCCUUGAAGAACCUCCAGGAGAUACUACUGGUGUAGAAUAUGGCAGCCUGGGGAUAAGAGAAAAUUACUAUGGAGUUAAAAACUGGGGAACAUGCAAAGCUAUUCAGUGUAAUAAAGCAACAAAUAAAGAAUCAACUUUGACACAGGUCCCUCUUCCAUCACAAAAUGCAAAAAUGAUUUCAUCUAUUCUCAUUUCACAGACAAUUGAUGAGAAUAAAUCAAGAGAAAAUAAGGCUGCUUUCUCUAUGCAGUCUGUAAUCACCCAAUCUGAUGUUUAUCACAUGAACCAAUCUUUGGCUAAUCAUAACUCAGUCAACAUUAAUACAGCAUUCAUAUUUCUUCCAAGAAAAUUAGGAAUUCAGGCAUCUUCAGAGGACAAUGCAUUUAAUAGCAGAGAAGAGAAACAAUGGCAUAACCAGAAGAAAGGUUUUGCUUCCAUUACAAUCACCGCUAAACGAGUUGUUCCACCUUCAGACAAUAAAAUUCAGGCAGAUGCUUAUGACCCUUCUUGCUUGGAAUUCCAGGAAAAUAAGCUGCUCAUAACAACCAUUCCUGCUUCAGAUAUAACUGGCUUAAAUAAACUCUCUGAAUCUUUGCAUUCAGAAGCAUAUUAUCAAAAUCGAAAUGUCAGUGAAAUAAAGGUUUCUGAGUCUUGUCUGCAGGGAUGCAAAGGGCAAUCUGACUGGAUUUCUAGCUCCCCAAAGAGAACGAUCCCCUCAGGUAACAACCAUAAGAAGCAGACACCUCUUUCCUUCACUUCAAGCGUUCACCUCAGUAUUUCUCAGCAGUGUUCAAAAACAGUCUAUUAUGUAGACAAGUCUCUUUUGGUACCUGUUGAUCAACCUCAGACUAAUGAUAAAAAAAGGCAUCGGUCAGUAGUGUCUUUCAAUGUAAAUUGCAGUUCUCAAAGUAGAACACCAGAUGGAGUGGAUGGUUUAGCUAAUGGAGAGCUAAUCACAGAAGUACUUAAGUUCCCAGAGGAUCAUAAGACAUCAUUCAAAGCAAUUUGGAAUGCAGAUCUCAAAGAUAACCACUUGGAUAAAAAACAGAGACUGGGAACUGAAUCUUUAGGAACUGAAAAUUUCUGGAAAGGUGCUUCUCCAUUUGAAACUCUAUCAGUUCUGACCAGCCCUCAGGAAGUUGAUAAUUUAAGGCCAAUAAAGAAGAUUGAUGUACCUUCAAGUGAUAAUCACAUGACAUUAUCUGCCUACAUUCCUCAUUGGACUUACUUUGAAGAUGCACAUGGAUACUCAGGAAGCAACAGAAAGCAAUGCAAGAGAGACAAGUAUCAUGAACUUGCAUCUGCUUCAUUUCUGGAGCAAUCAUCUAAGAAAGAAUUAAUAAUAGAUGGUAGGAUUUCUUUGAAAGACAAACAUCUACCCAAAGGCACAUCAGACUCCAAAGACAGGAAAGCCCAAAACUUUCCAAAUCCAAAAGUAUCUAUUUCUGAUCAUGCACGCCAUACCAAGGUUUUAUCAAAAUCAGUACUGGAUGAAAAUGAUAAUAAUGCGAAAGAUCCUUACCCCAAAGGUGAUUACAAAUUGUGUGGUUCAGCUAGCCAGUCCAAGGAACAUAAGAUAAAUGUGAAGAAAGAGAUGGUCAACAGGCAAACAACCUCUGCAGCCCAUGAACCAGAUGUUCCUCAUGAGAAAUACGAAGCCUUCCAACAUUCAGAGGUCUGCCUUGAGCCUGAGAAAAUUCCUGCAAGCCCACUCACUCUCAGGGAGGCGCUGGAAGUUCACAAGCCUCAUUUUAUUUCCCGCUCACAAGAACGAAUAAAGAAACUUGAACACAUGGUGCAAUUAAGGAAAGCACAGCAGAAUGAUGUUUCGGGAAAGAAGCAAGGAACUGCUCUUUCUUGCAAACUUUCCUCAACUUCCAUUACAAAUAAGAAGAAACAAUAUACAGUUCCUCAUCCACUGAGUG